AUGAGCCUCUCGUUUGAAUCAUGCGUGCUGGACGCUAGCGGGGUGUCUGGGCGGCAUCAGGUGUCGUGUACCCUCGUGACUGGCUUCCUGGGAUGCGGCAAGACCACUCUGCUGCAGCACGUGUUGAAGGAGAAAGGCGACCUGCGUGUAGCCGUUCUGGUGAACGAAUUCAGCCCUGUUGACGUGGACUCCCUGCUGCUCCAAUCACAGCGCGCCAACGUGGCAGUUGGGGCGCCCCCUGGUCAUGGGGACCUGGCAGGGGGUGAAGAUGGGCUCAAGAAGGCCGUGCGAGCAGCGGUUGGUGGUGCCAUGUCAGCAUGCGACUACCUCAUCUUGGAGACGUCAGGCUUAGCAGACCCUCAACCAAUAGCUGCCCAGCUGAUGGAAGCCGGGGUGAGGCUCGAUAGAGUGGUGGCAGUGGUGGCGAUGGCGGUGAUAAUGUCAUUUGAACCCUUUUCCUUCUUUUCCAUUCCGUUCCUCCAGACGUCUGGCCUAGCGGAUCCUCAGCCGAUAGCUGCCCAGCUGAUGGAAGCCGGGGUGAGGCUGGAUAGGGUGGUGGCAGUGGUGGAGGCUGAGACUCUGCCGACCCUCCUCGAACAGCAGCCAAUAGUGCGGCGACAGCUGGCGGCAGCUGACCUUGUGUUGUUGAAUAAGUGUGACCUGGUGUCUCUGGGUGCGCUCUCAGAUGCAGAAGACAUGCUCCUGAGAUUCCUCACCACAGGAGACGCUUCCACCCACCCACAUACUAAUGACACACAUUGCAGCAGCACUCACGCUUGCACCACCUCCCCUCACUCACACUCCCAUCCUCCCACCUCCUCUGCCGGACAGCCAGCCAGCUUGCCUCCUUCCCCUGUAGUCCGCACCCGUUACUGUCACGUCCCAUUGGAUUUAAUCUUAGAUACCAUUCCUGUAUCACAGCCUACCCCCCCUCUCACCUCGGCAUCCGCCCAUCUCUCCUCUGGCUUCCUCUCCCACGAAUCUACUGCAGCCCCCUCAUUCCGCACUCCCGCCCCUCAGACGCCCUCCUCCCGUACUUCCUCAAUGCCCGAGGAAGGGAAAGGACCAAGUGCGAGGCAUGGAGCGAGGAGGUGUCAACAGGGUGCACCUGCACCAGGUCAUGCCUCCACCCAAUUUACGUCACUCCUCUUUGAGUCACAGCACCCCCUUCCGCUGGCUGCAUUCCAGCACAUCGUGGCCACCAGUCUGCGAGGCAGAGGCGCCAGCAGCAACAAGAGCAGCAGUAGCACCGCCUCCAGCAGUACGGCCAGUGGGUGUGCUCCGGUACAGGGUCUGCUUCGAGCCAAGGGCUUCCUUUACUUCAAAGAGAUGCGGCAUCUGCGGUUUGUGUUUCAGCUGAGUGGCAGCAGCCGUUGCUCCUGCACUUCCAUCGACACCUGGGACUGCCCACCCUCCUGCCGCCUCGUGCUCAUUGGCCAGGACGCUGCUGAGCUGGCAGGCCUGGUGUCUGAGCUGGAAUCACUCGCAGAGGAUCGCAAGACGGAUGGUGGGGGAGAGGGUUCAGGGGAUGGGGUUUCAGAGGUGGCUUGUGAAGCAAGCUCGAGAAACAUGGCUGGGGAAGUGUUAUGUGGGGAAGGCUCGGCUGCUGCUGAGGCAGCAAGGCUUGUGGAGAUGCUGGCAGCAGAUGAGAGAUUUGAGGUCCGCACACCCAAGUCAGCAUCUGACAACAGAGGGGAGGAGUUAGUGACAGAACGACGGGGAAGAGCGUGUGAGGCUUCAGUUGUGGAGUUUGGAAUGAAAGGGAUUCCGCUCAAGGGCAUCCAUAAGGUAUGGUGA